AUGUACCACCACUCUCAAGGCGCAAUCCUCUCUCCGACCCCCCGCCCACUCUCCUUCUCUACCCAUUCCAUGUUUGACAUCAUCCUCGAUGGGCUCACACUGCGUGCAUUUACAUUCCCUAGUGCCGUGCAUGACACCAUUUCGAACGGAAGCAUCCGAAUCAACUCGUUCAACACUCCGGAUCUCAACCUGCAUGCACCACUCACACUCGCUGCACGCUGUCGCGGCGAAGCCUCAACCUCUACAACCUGCUCAACCUCACAAGUCACACGCAUACACAAUUCAACUUUGCAGGGACUGGGUGACGACCAAGGCGCGAACGAGGCAGAGGCUGCUGGUGGUGUAGGGAUUGGGGCCGUAGAAAUAAUAACGUACUACUCCUUGGAUGGUCAUCUCUACGUUGUUGAUGAUGUAAAUGAUCUGUCGCUUGUACAAGCAGUCACUGGCAGAGCGAGUACAUCGGGAGACUAUAAGCAUGAGUUUUUCCGCAACGAUCCUGAGAUUGGGACCAUCGAGGAUAUUUGGACCUGUAGUCUCUGCAAAGGACCACGAUACCGGACUCCGAUUGCGUAUAAAACCCUUCAUAGGUGGUUAACGCACAAGCUGAGGUGUCCACUAAUCCAGGAUAAACUGUGCAACGAACUUGCUGCAUUAGAGGCGAACACAAAGAAGCCUAAAACAAAGCCGAACUCUCAGUGUGGAGCUCAUGGAGGGAAUUCUUACUGGAGUGAUCAGUCCACGCCGAAUCUUCUGCAGGGAAUGCAACAAGUGGGUCAAGAAACAGUGGAAAGAACACGUAGGGUCCCAUGGCCUUUGUCUGGGAUUGUCAAGCCGGAAACCCAAGGCCGAGUCAUCAAGAAACAGCCAUAA